GCUUUUGCAGUGCUUAGUAAUGAUGGGGAUUUCUGUGUUAUGAAGAGGUGCACAUUUAUACCUCUGCAGCUGUUUGAUCUGGAAGGAUAUCUGAGGCCAAAUUAUAAAACUCUGUAUCCCAGGGAAAUAACCAGUUUGAUUGUUGGUGUAAUAACUCCACAAAGAGUUGUCAAAACUUUGAAGCUGCCAAACCUUGGUGCCUUGGUGGACCUAGCCAUCAUACAAGGCAAUGACUUUACAUCAUCAUUUAUGAGCAAUCUGGGUGUGUUGAGGAGUAAAUUGAGCAUUGGUCAUGUCAGCCUGGAAGCAAUAGCCCAGUGGUUGAGGUGGGGUGGCAGUGUGGAGAAAAAUGAAGGACUGAGAGAAGAUAUGAGAACAAAUUCAAGUUUCCGUGAGGCAGUUCAUUAUACCAAGAACUUCUACAAUCUGACUAUGCCCCCAGACGGAGCGUGUUAUCCUCAGACUCCAUUGUCUGUUUUCUUGGAAAGCCAGGUACGUAAUGGCCAUCUGCCCAGUUCCGUACUAGCCAUGCAUGGCAAGGUAUAUUGGCAUCACUCUGUACUUGAAGACAUACAGGGACCAAGCAUUGAGAUGUGCAUGUUGGGACUGAGAUGCAUCAUCUACAGAAUGGUACUGCCCAGUGGUCAAGUGGCUGUCCUGGAAUAUGGAAGAGUGCUGAGCCCUCAGUUUCAGGAGAUAGAGGUGACAGCUGCUUUGAAUAUCAACUACUUGAGGGCAGAUAAAGUCAUCCACUGCAACACUGAUGACAAAUUCAAACUAUUUCACCAUAUUAUGACCCACAUGGAAAGUGAAAGCAAGUUUGAGAGUUUCUUUCAACACUUCGGUCAAAGAGAAGGCUUCAUUUGCUAUGUUUUGCGAUACAUUUUGUUGUUGGACACAGUUAUAACUCCAAGCUUGGAUCUACGCUGCUCAGAGUUUGAUGCACUGUUUGCUGCAGUGUUUUGUCUCUUGUCACAUCAGAACAUUAGUUUUACAGGUGCUCCUAUUUGUAUUAGACCCAGCAUCAGAUGUAUCACAGUGGCCAAUUGGUUUCAGACAGUGUAUCUCUAUGCAUAAAACUUUAUCGGUCGACUGUUAAAUAUGGUGGAGGAAUUCCCUCAGCCAUUAGAAGUCUUCAGUGGCAUAGUAUUCACAAAUUUUUACAUGGCUUUAAACAAAAAAGGGCCAAAACAUCUGCUCCAAGGAGUUGUUGAAAAGAUAAAUUAUGAAAAGAAA